AUGUCAACCUCUCCUGCCGCAUCCAACGAAACCGUCGUGGUUUCCACAAACCAAAACAUCCUCAACGUCAACAUGACGAACGUGACGAAGCUCACCGCCUCCAAUUUUCUUAUGUGGAGCCUCCAGGUGCACGCCUUGCUAGAUGGCUAUGAUUUAGCCGGAUUUCUCGACGGAUCUACCGUCAUACCGACUUCCACGAUCACCACCAACGGUGUCACCACUGCCAAUCCCGAAUACACGCUAUGGAAGCGUCAAGACAAGCUAAUUUACAGUGCUCUCUUUGGCGCCAUCACGGUGUCCAUCCAACCAAUACUAUCCACCACCACAACCUCUGCUCAGAUCUGGUCCACACUCUCGGCUACCUAUGCUAAGCCUAGCUUCACCACACGCUUUGACCAGUUGGCACUCCUCGGAAAAGCGAUCGACAUUGAAGAUCAAAUCGAGUAUGUGCUCGAAGGAUUACCCGAAGAGUACCAUCAGGUGGUGGAUCAGAUCGAAGGUCGUGAGACUAUUCCUUCUCUCACCGAAGUUCACGAGAAGCUCCUCAACUUUGAAGUGAAACUUCAGUCCAAAGCCAUCACUCCGACCAAUCUCCCGAUCACUGCCCAUGCCGCGACAGCUCGAGGCUCCUCCAACAACAACAACAAUCAACGCAACAACUACCACGGUCAGGCACGUAACAACUCCCGUGGAAAUCAAACCUGGCAGCAGCAAGGUUUGUCUCGCAAUGAUCCAAAUGCUCCUCGCGGAUACCAAGGUCGUUGUCAAAUCUGCGGCGUUCAAGGCCAUAGCGCGAAACGGUGCCCUCAAUUACCGUUUUCAAGUCCUGCGUACAACAACAACACUCGCCACAACAAUUCUCCGGUCUCGUGGCAGCCGCGUGCCAACAUGGCCGUCACUCAAGCUUACAACCCAAACAAUUGGGUUCUCGACACGGGAGCAACCCAUCAUCUGACUUCGGACUUGGACAACCUCUCACUCCAUCAGCCGUACACUGGUGCCGACGAAGUAACCCUCGCAGACGGCUCCAGCAUCGCGAUCUCGCAUACUGGUUCUACUAUUCUUCCCACUCCCUCUCGUCCUUUAGCUUUAAACGAUAUCCUAUGUGUUCCCAAUGUUCAUAAGAAACUGGUUUCUGUAUAUCGCAUGUGUAACACUAACAAUGUGUCUGUUGAAUUCUUUCAUGCUCAUUUCCAGUCUCACGUGAAGGAGACGUUCGUGGCCUUCAAAGCCUUAGUCGAAAACAGGUUUCAACACAAAAUUAGGAACCUGUAUUCGGAUAACGGCGGCGAAUUUAUUGCUUUGCGUAGCUUCCUCUCUGCUCAUGGCAUCUCCCAUCUCACCUCACCACCUCAUACGCCGGAGCACAACGGAAUCUCGGAAAGGAAGCAUCGGCAUAUUGUGGAAACUGGAUUAACUCUCCUCCACCAAGCCUCAAUUCCCACCACCUAUUGGACAUAUGCGUUUGCCACAGCAGUAUAUCUCAUCAAUCGAUUGCCAACUCCAGUCAUUGCUCAUCAAUCACCUUACUUCAAGCUUUUCCAACAACAACCAAACUAUCUCAAGCUUCGGGUCUUUGGGUCGUUGUGUUUUCCUUGGCUGCGACCCUAUACAAGCCACAAAUUGGACAAUCGCUCAAUGCCGUGCACUUUCCUUGAACCGAUAUCUCUGUCUGGUCACUCUCCGCCCACACUCAUACCCGUCCCGCCGCCAUCACUCGUACAACCGUCGUCUGCAGCGCCCCCGAGCUCGGAUCCUUCUCCUACGGCGUCGUUGACUCCGUCGACUUCUGUCUCUGUCGCAUCUGCACAGAAUUUGGAAAUGGGCUCAACAAAUAAUUCAUCAGGCCCAUCUGUUCCUAGUCCUACACAGGCCCAUACAGAAACAACAUCAAGCCCAAACCCCUCACCUAAUCCUCAACCCAAUUCCUCUCAAUCGACCAACUCCGCUUCCUCGUCGCCUCCGACACCGACACCACAACCAACCCCCACUCCGCCGCAAACUCCGACACCACCACCACCACCAGAAAACCGUCACAAUAUGACCACUAGAGCCAAAAAUAACAUCACUAAACCAACCCAACGCCUCACUCUCCUUACUAAAGCCAAAACACCCAAACCUCUCAUACCCUCAACCAUAAACCAGGCUAUGCGAGAUCCAAACUGGACAAAUGCGAUGGGAGAUGAGUACAAUGCUCAACUUCGGAAUCGAACUUUUGAUUUGGUCCCUCCAGCACCAAAUCAAAACAUCGUUCCCACCAUGUGGAUUUAUACACUUAAAUACUUACCCAAUGGUUUUCUUGACAGAUAUAAGGCGCGAUGGGUUGCAAGAGGCUUCAAUCAACAAUAUGGCCUCGACUAUGCGGAAACCUUCAGCCCAGUCGUCAAGUCUCUAACUAUUCGUUUGGUCUUGCAGCUGGCUGUCAACAACAACUGGCAAGUGAAGCAGCUCGAUGUCAAUAAUGCGUUCCUUCACGGCACACUUACAGAGGAGGUAUAUGUCUCGCAGCCUCCUGGUUUUGUCGACCGAGAUAAACCCGAUCAUGUCUGUCGGCUUAAUAAAGCUCUUUACGGACUUAAGCAAGCACCACGUGCUUGGUAUCAGGAACUGAAAUCCUACCUCUGUCGUAUGGGAUGCAUAAACUCUGUUGCUGACACUUCCGUGUUUGCUUACAUCAGUGGAGAUCAGGUUGUUUAUGCACUUGUCUAUGUAGAUGACAUUAUUGUCACAGGAAGCAGUCUGUCCUUGGUCUCUGCAUUCAUCAAUGCCCUUGGCGCUCAGUUCUCACUCAACGAUCCAGUGGAUCUUACAUACUUCCUUGGCAUUGAGGUCACUCGCACGACCACAGGUAUGCACUUGAUGCAACGAAAGUACAUUAUUGAUUUACUCACAAAGGUCAAUAUGUUGGAUGCCAAACCAGUCGCCACACCAAUGACUCCUCAUCCGAAGCUGUCUCUUCAAAGUGGCCAUCCCAUUGACAAUCCCACCGAGUUCCGUACAGUUGUUGGUAGUCUCCAAUACUUGGCAUUCACUAGACCGGAUAUUGCUUACAGUGUCAAUCGUCUCUCACAGUUUAUGCAUCGACCAACUGAUCUCCAUUGGCAAGCGGCGAAACGCAUCCUUCGGUAUCUCGCGGGAACUCUCUCUCAUGGUAUCCUCCUCAAACCAAACACUCCUCUGCAUCUCCAUGCGUACUCAGACGCUGACUGGGCCGGUGAUACAGACGAUUUUGUUUCAACCAAUGCUUAUAUUCUGUAUCUUGGCUCCACGCCAAUUUGUUGGUCUUCCAAGAAGCAGAAGGGUGUGGCGAGGUCCUCCACGGAAGCAGAGUACCGUUCCGUCGCUAACACUGCUGCUGAGAUACGAUGGGUGUGCUCACUCUUGACGGAGUUGGGUGUUCAGUUGCCAUCAACACCGGUUAUCUACUGUGACAACGUCGGAGCCACGUACUUGAGCGCAAACCCGGUUUUCCACUCUCGCAUGAAGCAUUUGGCCUUAGACUUCCAUUUUGUCCGAGAGAACGUUCAAUCAGGUGCCCUGCGGGUUGCGUUUGUCUCCACUAAAGAUCAACUGGCUGAUGCACUAACUAAACCUCUUCCUCGACCACGGUUUCUCGACCUUAUGUCCAAGAUUGGUGUGAGAGAACUCCCUCCAUCUUGA